GCCAAUCACAAGUCACCUUAAGGCACAAAAGCAAGCUACUUUUGUUGAGAGAUGUAGGAAGGAGAGAGGAAGCGUAGGCCAGAUGAUGGCACUUUCACUGGUUUACAUCUUAAUUGCUGCCAUUCAUGUGGCCUACUGCUAUCCUACUGCCUUCGAGAACUUGGAGGCAACUGGUAAAAACCGAACCUCAAUUAAGUUCCUGGCUGUGGGAGACUGGGGUGGUGUGCCCUAUCCGCCCUACAUCACCGCUGUGCAGAAGACUACUGCUCGGGAGAUGAGUAAAGUAGCAGAGCAGAUGGGAGCUGACUUUGUUCUGUCCCUUGGCGAUAACUUCUACUACAGAGGUGUGGACAGCGUGGACUCUCCUCGGUUUCAGGACACGUUUGAGACUGUGUACACGGCCAAGUCUCUCAAAGUCCCCUGGUAUGUGCUUGCUGGCAAUCAUGACCAUAAAGGGAACGUCAAAGCUCAGAUUGAGUACAGUAAGAAAUCGGACCGAUGGAGGUUCCCCUCUUACUAUUACGAGCUGAACUUCCGGAUUCCCAACACUGGGAAGACCCUAACCAUCAUCAUGCUCGACACCAUAAUGCUGUGCGGCAACUCUGACGACUUCCUGGACGAGAAGCCUCGCGGCCCUCUGCGUGGGGUGGAUGCCAACCGCCAGCUGACGUGGUUACAGGAGCGACUGGCUCGCUCCACGGCAGACUUCCUGUUGCUGGCUGGCCACUACCCCGUGUGGUCCGUGUCUGAACACGGGCCCACAGAGUGUCUGCUGCAGAGGCUCCAUCCUCUCCUCAAAAAAUACAACGCCACUGCUUACUUCUGCGGGCAUGACCACAAUCUGCAGUAUAUUGAAGAGUCUGGUGUGGGCUAUGUGGUGAGUGGGGCUGGAAACUUCCUGGAUCCUGAUAUCCGCCACUGGAACCAUGUACCCAAAGGUUCAGUGAAGUUCUUCACAGGCCAAGCUUCAACUCUGGGAGGCUUCGUCCAUGCAGAAGUCACCAAGAACAAGAUGAUCCUGACCUUCUUCCAGGCUAUAGGCACGUCUCUCUACCGCACGGUCCUCAGCCAAAGGAACUUUGAGUAGACUAGCUCAUACAGUAUGAGUAGUGUAACUUCAGAUCACAGAAAUGGAUCAUAACCCUGUGUUUUAAUCGUUGGCAUUAAUAUUUCGAUGCAAUUCAUAAUGUGUAUUUUAAAAGAGAAUCAACUUGUUUUACAUGUAAAUCUAUUGUUAAAAGAAAAUAAUAAAUGUUUUUUUUGUAAAGAA